AGCAAUCAGCUGUCAUACGAGUAUUAUGUUCUUGUAGAGAGCGUUCGCGAAUUGCGAUUAUAAUUUAUGAUUUGCGAUUUGCAUACAUUUAUUUUACUUUUUCACAACAGUUGCUAAUAGGAUACUUGAACCGCAAGUUCCGCUAUAAUAUAUUUAAUCACAGUUUUCAUUAUACAUUUGUUAUGCCUUACUUUCUAUAUCGUAUUGUGAGUAAGAUGGUUUUGAUAAUAGGAUCCUUUAAUAACUAUUAAGGUUUCAAUACAUAUUGAAGUGUUUAAUAUAUACGACCAAUAAUCUUCACCUACGAUGUUUGCAAGUUUAAAGAGUAAAAUUAAAGAAGAAACUGGAAGUGAUAUUAGUAAAUUGACGAGUAGUUGGCGCAGUGGAGCCUUUUUGGGCAGAAUAACAUUGCGAGAUGACUCGUCAACAACCAGCCCAUCUAGUUCUGGUCAGGCAGACUCAACAUCAGAUUCAAUAUCGCCACAAAUGCAAACAUAUCUAUCAGACCGCACUGGUGGUCAGGUAGAUCAAGUGGCACUGCAGCAGCAGUAUGCAACACAGCUGGAAGAAAAGCUCCGUGACAGGGAUCUGUAUUGGGAGCAAAGGAUUGAGGAGUUAAAGCUUUCACUUGCAUCGGUACAAGGUGAAGAAGCUGUAGCAGCUCAGACUGUAGCGCGAACAGCUCAAGCAGAGGCAUCUAAGGCAAUUACCGAGAGAGAUGCGGCACAGAAACAACUUAAUGAGCUAAAAACAAGAUUGGCAGCUGCUGAGAAUGCACAAGACCGGCUUGACAUUUUGACAGAAGAGGUAGAGCAGUCGCGGCGUGAAUGGGUCCGCGAGCGCGCGGAGCUGACGGCGGCGCUGGGCGCGGCGGACGCGCGCACCCGCGACCUCGCCGACGAGCUGCAGCUGCUGCGCGCCGCGCUGCCGCCGGACCACCCGCGCCACCACGUGCACGACGACGAUAAACGGGAUACACAACCAACGGGUUGUGCGGACUACGACCGCGUGUGUCGAGAGAGGGCCGUGUUGAGUCGUCAGCUGCAGGAAGCCAAGAUGGUACUCGCCGAUGUUAAGACUUCCUGGAGCGCGCAAAUAGCAGCUUUGGAGACGCAGGUGGCGCGAUUGUCGCGUCAAGCUGGGGAGGAAGGGGCGGAACGGAGAAGAGUAGAGAAUGAGAAAAAGGAACUUCAAGAGAACCUUCUAGAAAUAUCGGCGGACCUUGAAAAGGCGAAACAGAAUCUUGCUAAUAGUGAAGCAAAGGUGGUGCGACUGAACGGCGAGGUGCACUCGCUGGCCAUGGAGGUGAAGACGCUGCGGGCAGCGGCGGCCGGCGCCUCCGACAAAACUAUGGAACUAGAGAGCCGUAUUCAAGAACUGACGAAUGAAAACAGAGAAUUGGUAAAAGCGCUCGAAGACGAACGGACCCUUGUACAGAUAUUGAAAGAGAAAAUCGAAAAGUCAAACAGUUUAUCUGAUGAGCAGAAGGCCGAGGUGAAUCACCUGAAUUCUAUGAUGACAGACAUGCAGCAUGAUUACAUCGAUAUACAGAGGAAGUUGGAUAAAGAAAAGCGGGAAAAGGACGAGGUGCUAUUACGAAACGCGCAGAUCUCACAGAAUGUGGAAAAGAGUUUGUGCAACGUUAGAUUCCUGGAGUCGGAAGUCGUAGACUUGAAGUCUAAAAUCACCGAGUUGGAGGCAAUCAUAGCGCAGCAUAAAGAGAAUCAAGCAGAAUGUAUGUUGAUAAAAGAAAAUGAAGAAGCUAGAAAUAAAACAAUAGAGGAACUCAAGACGCGAAUAGAAACAAUCGCUGACAACGAGUCCACACUUAAAAAGACUAUACAAGACUUAGAGGCUGAAAUCUGUGAUAGAAAUAAGAAAAUUAAAACAUUAGAUAAUAGAAUAUCUGAUAUGAAAAAGACACUACAGCGUGAGUUACAAAGCAGUAAAUCAGAUCUGACGUCGGCUGAAGAGCAGGAUAUUAGUAGACGGUACCUGAAGCACGUGGUGCUCCGGUUCCUCACGGGGCGCGAGCUGGAGGCGCGGCAGCUGACGCGCGCGCUCGCCGCGCUGCUGCGCCUCAGCGCGCACGAGGAGGCGCUGCUGCGCGCCGCGCUGCCCGCGCGCGCCGCCCGCGCCGCCUGGCUGCCGCUCAGCACGUGAGCUGCCGCGCGCCUGCGACACGGAGCGGGGGGAGGUGUGUAGCAGUUCUGUGCUCUUACCUUAAUUGGUGGGACCUACCCCCCUGGCUUUGGCAUGACUAGGACUGAGCCCCGCCUGUUUAUAGUGGCGAUGAGUUUUUUGAGCUCGAGACGUGUGACUCACGUGGUCCCUUUGCUUAGAGACUUGUAUGAUAUGCUACGGUUAUCGCGGAAUGUGCGCAAUAUUACUGGGACUUUUUGUUGUGUAGAGUAGUGAUGCAGUCUGAUGUUUCAUGUCUGUAUACUUGGCUAAAUCGUCCCACAAUCCAGCCUUAAAUCAACAAUGGAACAGGGCUAUACAUUACACGUAAGCAAUGUGGCUAGCAUCGUACUUAUCACGUGCACUCUAGGAUAAGACCUCGUGUAAAAUAAUAAAUGUAAACGAGAAAUCGUUUCUCUCAACACUUAAAUUUUGCAGAUGGCCAUUUUGGCAAUAAAGUUAAACAUUAGCAAUUUUUUUAAUUUCUACAUUAUUGCGUAGAUAUAUAUUUACUUUCUAUUACUUUUUCAUUCCAUCAUGCAAGAUAAAUUAUUAUAACACAAGAAAUUGAUAACAAAGUAAGUAAUUCAAAGAGAUUUAAGCAUAGGACACGAACACGAAUAUAUAGACGUAUAGAACACGAAACUAAAGUGGUUGCGAGAUCAAGCGUUGCUAGGGUUUGAAUUCCGCCGCGUGAUCGAUUUUUUUAUUUUCUUUAAAAACUUCUCAAAUACAAUAUAAUUCCAAAAUUUAUAAUUAUUUUUAUCCUCAUCAGUCCAUCGUAAUAUAUCAGUAAUAAGACACAUACAAUACAAUACUUUCUGUAAACAUACAUAGAGCUAUCAACGUGUUUACGAUACUAUGUAUGGUUAGUGGUACUAUUUUGUAAUGAUAAAAACAGUAUUCAAAACAGUUUUUGCACUGUUUUAAAGGAACAAGAAGAAAUGCUUAUUAUUAUUAAGCCUAGUAUUAAAAGUCUAGAUGUUUACGCACGCGCAAUGUUAUUGCGCUCUAAUUUUACAUUGGCAUAUAUUUAUCAGUAUUUUUAUGUUUUGUAAUGUUACAAAAUGUAUGUAUAUAUUUGCGUUGUGUUUAAGGUUCGAUUGUGUAUGAAAAAAAAUCGUAUUCAAAUUCGAUUGGCAUAUUUUCCAAUAUUUAUAAAAUAAAAUACAAGCCAGCUGAUCUAUAAGAUGAAAAUACAUUUAUUUAAUUAUGUUAAAUAAAAUAUAUAAUGUUCACUCGUCAUUUAUGUGAAUUAUUUAUUCGGUUAUUUGGAAGGUUUCGUUUUGUUCCACGUUGUUUACGUAUGAGUUUAUUUUUACAAUAUUAUAGUUACAUAAGUAAUUUCUAUUUUCUUGCAAUGUAUCAUUCUAAAUUAUAAAGUUGCCUUAUUAUUUGCUAGUCAGAAAUAAAAUAAUUGGAAAUCCAGAUGAUUUUCAAGGUAUUUGUAUUACAUACAAUCUAUGUUAUAUUUAUUAUAAUUCUUUGAUUGUAUAUUAUGAUAUGAUUUCCUCCUUAAACUUUGAUUGUUCAACACUGUGAUAUGUUUGAUUUUUGCAUGUCCUCUUUAUGAUUCUUAUUGUGAAGAUAAGAAAUUGACAACACUGCCCCAUAUAUAAUUGAUUUAAAUGGAUGGAAGCAAUAUAGAAAUAGUGAUUGCUUAGUAUUUUUAUUUAUUAUAUUUAUUAAAUAUUUUCUUAGAAAUAAGAAAACAUUUAAAAAGGUAUUAUUGAAAUACACAUUUAUAUUUUAUCUUUAAAAUAAAGGCACUCAAGUAAGAUCUGUUAAAAUUUGUACAGUAGUUGUAAUCUAGUCGCAGAUUUGUUAAUCGAACUUUUAGUUUUAUUAUGUGCAUAAAAAUUCGCGUUUAUGUUAUUUUUUGUUUCUUUUUUUAACUCUCACUCACUCGCUGUUUGAUUAUCUCAAGUGUAAGUUUUUUAACGAUGGACGUAAUCAUUGAUUACUGUAAUGAAUUUAUAUUGGAAUGUUGUAAAAACUAACUCGAGUGUUUUAAAGAUUUGUUGUAUUUAAAAAAUAUAUUUUUGUUCAUUUUUUAUUUCUAUCAUAGUAGAAAAUAUAU